UACAAGUAUUCCACUUGUUUCAGUAAUCAGUACUCCAACAAGUGGAAGUCCCCUCCCCUAUAUAAAGCCGAGUGCUACAAGAACGUCCCCAAGAGCCAAACUAAGAGGCAAGCAACAAUUCCAGGCGUCCAGAAAGCAGGGAGAGUUUUUCCAUUGCUAAUUAAGCAACGGUUAGUAGGAGAGCAUGGGCAACAGCCUGCGGUGCUGCCUGGCCUGCGUCCUCCCCUGCGGCUCCUUCGACGUGAUCCGCAUCGUCCACCUCAACGGCCACAUCGAGGAGUACUCCCGCCCGCUCACCGCCGGCGACGUGAUGGCGGCGCACCCCAGCCACGUCGUCAGCCGGCCGUGCCCCCAGGGCGGCGCGCGGCGGAUCCUCGUCGUCGUCGCCCCCGGCUCGGAGCUCGAGCGCGGCUGCUUCUAUUUCCUCGUGCCGGCGUCGUCGGUGCCGGAGAAGAAGAAGAAGAGGAAGCCGUCGCAGCAGCCACAGUCCAAGAAGGGGCCGUCGUCGUUGAAGCCGACGAGCGUGCCGAGCGCUAGCGCUAAUAAUAAGGUGGCGCAGAAAGACGGCGCCGCCGGAGACAGCUACCUCGCGGAGGUGCUGUCGGAAGGCAAGGCCCGGUGCGUCAAGCGCGGCCGGAGCGUCCGCGCGACGGUGUGGCGGCCGCAUCUCCAGAUCAUCCCGGAAGAAUUAGCUCACUCAGCAUGACUCGAUUCAUGGAGAGGGGAAACGGCAUCUGCUACCGUUUCUAGUUUGCUUCCGAUCGAGUUGUACAUAUACGGGGGAUGCAGUAGGAUCUGGUACUGUGCACGGUGUACCGUGUGCACGCAAGGAUGAUCGAACGGCGUCGCGUGGCCGUAUGCCAUGUGCUGGGCGCUUAUGGCCGUUCGAUCGUUGAGUUUUAGCUUUUAGGUGAGGAGGGCCGGCCAGCGAUCACUUUCGGCUGGUUGCCUCUCGCUUGUAAUUUUUCUCACUCUCUCGGUGGUUUUUCCACUCUCAUCACUGCCAAGAUUGAAGGCAGUGAGAGUUGUUGGGUUUGGGUGCCUGUCAUGGCAAGGAGAGAACAUGAGAAGAUCCGGAAGUUUUUUAUAUAAGAGAUCCCGGAAGUUUGUUUUAUGGAGUAUGUAAUGGCAUGGGUUAUGCAUGCUUGCUUGUAAUUUGAAAUCACAAAAUUUCCAGAAAAACUA